AGCCACCGCGCCCGGCCUUUUACUAGAGGUUUUUUUGAAGUACAGAGAAUAAACACAUGGCCCACUAGCUCACCACAGAAAUACUACUCUAGUAGUCAUGAGCACAUGAGCACAGGUAACAGGUAAAUGCUCACAAACAAGGCAACGCACGUGUGUCGCCACGAAAUGCCAACUGGGAAGAAAGGAGCGAAGUGGAGACUUCUGGCCACAUGAGGCCUGCGUGGGCUGCGCUGUUUCCUGUCACCUUUUGUCCCCCAGAGGGACACCCUGUCCUGUCGACCGCACCGUCUCCCUGGAUUUUCCCCUCACGGGUCAUGGCAUGUCCUGCCCCGGGGGCUGUGGUGGCCCACCUGCCGCUCCGCAGGCCCCGAGCUCAGUGCCCGCGAGGUGUGGGCAGAUGGCGGGCUUCACCCCCGCGGGGCAGGCAGGGGGCACCUCACGCAGCUGCCGCUCCUGCUCGGGGCUCCCGGCCCUUUGGCCUUUUCCUGCAAGCACCUUGGCCCAUGUUUGUCUUGGAUUGUUUUUUUCUUAUCGAUUUGUACGUGUUCUUUGCAAACUAGCUGUUGGUCUUACAUGUCAUUUCCAAGUUCAUGAAUGGCUCUCCGGGGCAAUACAGCUUGGGCAAAAUGGUUCCUUUCUCCUUCAUUUCCCAAGGUUCAGCGUGGACAAGGACCAGGGAGACUGUCCCCAGAGUCCCUGGCUGGGGGACACUCUGUGAGGCCUUCUGCUGUCCCUUCUGAGGCCAGGAAGGUGAAGCACCCCCCUGGCCCUCCAGGGAAGGCCGGGCAAGGCUGGCCUCUGGGGAAGGGCUCAGAUACCUGGACCUUGGCCUCCUCCAGCAGUUUCUGUUGAUUAUUGAAAGAUGCUGGAGGCCCCGCCCCUGCUGCUGGUAGCUGCCUCGCUGGGCCUGGCGCUGCUGGCAUUGCUGCUGCUGCUGCUGCGGAGACACUGGGGCUUGUGUGUCAUCUUCUGGUACGAGUUGGUCCUGCAGCCCUUCUGCGACCUGCUCAUGGGUGACACCAAGGAGCAGCGCAUCCUGCGCCAUGUGCUGCAGCACGCGGAGUCUGGAAACCCGAAGAGCGUGUUGGAGGCCAUCGACGCCUACUGCUCGCAGAAGGAGUGGGCCAUGAACGUGGGCGACAAGAAAGGCCAGAUCGUGGACGCGGUGGUGCGGGAGUGCCGGCCCUCCGUGCUGCUAGAGCUGGGGGCCUACUGCGGCUACUCGGCUGUGCUCAUGGCCCGCUGCCUGUCCCCGGGCGCCAGGCUGAUCACCAUCGAGCUCAACCCCGACUACGCCGCCAUCACCCAGCAGAUGGUGGAGUUCGCCGGCCUACAGGACAAGGUGACCAUUGCGGUCGGGGCAUCCCAGGACAUCAUCCCCCAGCUAAAGAAGAAGUAUGACGUGGACACGCUGGACAUGGUCUUCCUUGACCACUGGAAGGACCGAUACCUGCCAGACACGCUGCUCCUGGAGGAAUGUGGCCUGUUACGGAAAGGGACGGUGCUGCUGGCUGACAACGUGAUCUGCCCGGGCGCGCCAGACUUCCUGGCACACGUUCGCGGGAGCGGCCGCUUCGAGUGCACACACUACUCCUCGUACCUGGAGUACAUAAGGACCGUGGACGGGCUGGAGAAGGCCGUCUACAUGGGCCCCGGCGGCCCAGCGCAGCCCUGACUGCCCCCCGCUCCGGCCCCCUCGACAGGCCUGCCUCCCACAGGCGUGCUGCUGUGCGCCUGCUAAUGCACCACGCAGUCCCGGGCUCUGUCCCCAAACGCGGAGCACGCUCAGGCCCGAGGCCUGGGCCCGCCCACAGUUCCAGGCAGUGCUUUUUUAAGGCUCAAUCAUGACCUCUUUACUAAAAUCUGCUAGAUGUAACCGUCUUACCUGCAAUAUCAUGCUUUAAAAUACAAAAUAAAAAUUAAAGAUCUAAAUGUUUAACAAGAAA